AUGUCCUUGACAAAUGCAACCCCUCUAGAAGUAGCCCGCGCGGCACGAAUCGGCUCAAGACAACUUGCCGUAUUAUCGACCCAGGAGCGUAAUGCCGCUCUGGUAGCUAUCCAUGAUGCGCUAGCACAGGGCAAGGAUGAAGUGCUAGCUGCUAAUGCAAAAGACCUGGAAUCUGCAAAUAAGGCUGCAGAAGGUGGAACCCUGAGUGCGAGCUUGGUCAAGAGGUUAGAUCUGGGGAAGCCGGGGAAAUAUGAGGAUAUGCUGCAGGGUAUCUUGGACGUAAAAGAGCUAGAGGAUCCAAUCAACAAGACCACUGCGAGGACAUUACUGGAUGACGACCUUACGCUUUCAAGGAUCACGUGCCCAAUCGGUGUACUUCUGAUCAUUUUCGAGGCUCGACCAGAAGUCAUUGCGAAUAUUUCAGCUCUGGCCAUCAAGUCCGGAAAUGCAGCAAUUCUCAAGGGAGGCAGAGAGUCGAGCAACAGCUUUGCCGCGAUCGCCUCCAUCAUUUCAAAAGCUCUCACAUCGACAGCAGUGCCUUCAGACUGCCUGCAACUUGUCCAAACACACGAUGUCAUUGCGGAUCUGCUGAAGCAAGACACCUACAUUGACCUCUGCAUCCCACGCGGCGGCAACAAGCUUGUGCGAUAUGUCAAAGACACAACCACCAUUCCCGUCCUCGGCCACGCAGACGGCAUAUGCUGCACCUACCUCUGCUCCGACUACCCAGCCGACAAAGCCACCAAGAUCAUCAUCGACGCCAAAACAUCCUACCCAGCCGGCUGCAACUCCACCGAGCAACUCCUCGUCGACACUGCCGCCCUAACCACUACCCUCCCCACUGUCGCCCAAGCGCUCCUCCAAAAAGGCGUCUCACUCCGCUGCGACCCGGCCUCCUUCUCCUCCUUGAAAUCCGUCCUAGACCCGCAUUCUGCAAACUUGGUGCAAGAAGCCGGCCCCGAGGACUUCGACACAGAGUUCCUCGACUACACCCUCGCCAUCAAAACCGUCCCAUCCCUCAACGACGCCAUCUCACACAUCAACACACACUCCUCGCACCACACCGACGCCAUCCUGACGACCAACCCCGCCACCGCAAACGCCUUCCUCUCCGCCAUCGACAGCUCGUCCGUGUACUGGAACACAUCCACGCGCAUGGCUGACGGCCAGCGCUACGGCUUCGGCACGGAGGUGGGCAUCAGCACGAACAAGAUCCACAGCAGAGGGCCCGUGGGCUUGGAGGGGCUGACGAUUUAUAAAUGGGUGCUGGUGGGCGACGCGCAGGUUAGUGCCGAGUAUGGCGCGGGCGGGAGGAAGUGGAAGCAUGAGGUUUUGGCUGACGAGGGGGUUGCGAGGAGUGAGGAGGAGAGGGAAGUGCUGAGGAAAUUCAGGGCGGGGAAGCAGUGA